CAGUCAGUUCAAUUUGCCUGCUCAGUGCUCCGUAUUCGCGCGUACGUUUAGUGAGGAGUUGCCUUGGCAUUUGGUGGGUAACCUGGCAAUUCCGACCUUUUGGCGAUUGAUGAUGCAAGGGUCAGCUAAUCGGGGCAACCCGCAGAAUCGUCUUCGGCCCGUGCACGACUAGGAUAGUCUUGCCGCCAAGCACUCUCUUUUGCAUCAUCAUGGCUGCCAACCAAUUUUAGUCGCCAAAGGUGUCAACGCUUCCAAAGGUCGAAAUUUACUGUUGACUUCUUCAUUUUUGCAGCCUUCCACACUCUCGGCGCGGACAUUCUGAUCCUCUCUUGAGACAUACUACAGGCUUAUGAUCAUGGAGCCGACACUUCUGAUCUCCGACAUCCAGGAGAAAGAGACAGCCUCGCCCAAAGCCCCCACCUUCCCCCAGUUCAAAUCCUCAUCAACAGGAUUCCCGGAGCAUAAGAAGCGAUCGCGCCUGUCGGCAUUCAAACAGAAGCGCCAAUUAAGUACCGACUCCGAAAAGAAGCCUUCAGUUUUCACGACCGCAUCUGCAGAGCCUUUGGAUGGUAGCAGCAAUGGAGUGCCAAUAGCCAACCCCGCUGCGAGUGACGAUCCUCUCAUGGACGCGAAAAGCAGCAUAGAUCGCGAGAACAAUGCCCGUCUAGCUACCAUGACUGACGAGGAGAUCGAGAAGGCGCGACUAGAGCUUUUCAAUGGAAUGGAUUCGUCGCUAUUAGAGAUCUUGCUCAAGCGCGCGAAUCUUGAUGAGAAACAUGGCAAAUCACCGUUUGAUGAACCCGAGUCUGCAACGGCGCAGCAAGACCCGCCACAAACACGAGUCGAAGACGCAGCUACCGAGACAAAACCAGCACCACGAAAGAGGGUGACGUUUGCAGAAGACAACACAGCACCUUCGCCCGCGGCUCAAGCAACGACGCAAGCAGCAUUCGAGCAACGCCAGCACGAAUCCGUCGUCGAUGACGAUACAGCACCAUCAGUACCGCCCGAAGAUCACAUCAUCGCCGAAGACGCGCACUCAAAACCCCACUGGCCGAAGCCUCCCCAAACCGCCGACCUCGACCCCUCCGACCCCGACUUCCUCUCUUCCCUCCACACCAAAUACUUCCCCUCCCUCCCCGCCGACCCCUCGAAACUAGCCUGGAUGUCGCCCGUGCCCACGCCUAAUUCUCCCGCCGACUAUGACAGCCCCUACCAUCCCUCGCAGACCUCUCUCCCCGUCACAGCCCUUCGCUUCGACUUCCGCGGUGCGCUACUCCCUCCCAAGAUAUCACGAGCCAUUCCCGUCACCAAAGGACUGCACCACCACGGCGAAGCACCCGAGGCAGCGGGUUACACCGUUGCGGAAUUAGCGAUGCUGGCGCGGAGCGCGGUGCCGGGGCAGAGGUGCAUGGCAUACCAAACGCUUGGGCGCAUUAUGUACCGGUUGGGGCGGGGCGAGUUUGGUGGGCCGGGCGAUGUGAUCUCGGAUGGUGUAUGGGGGCAAAUGGUGGAGGGCAAGAUCAUGGAGAGCUUGUACGAGGAGGCGGGAAUGGAUUUGGAUGGGGGCCUUGGGGACGGAAAGGGCAGGGGGCAUAGGACUGCGCAUGCGUUUGCAGUGGAGGCGAUCUGGCUGUUUGAGAAGGGUGGCUUCAAGGAGCGGAUUCGCAGGGGAAAGUGAGCCAGCCGUGGGGAAUAAGAAAGUUGAUAACCUCGGCAAUGCCGCAAUGCCGCAAUGCCGAUAUGCUGUGGGUUAAUUUGGGCGGGGGUCUACACAGUAAUACGCGACAUACCAGUGGCUGCCAAAAGCAGCAGACGCGGACAGGAGCAUAGCAUCUAUAUAUCGCAGCACAUCACUUGGCAGAAGACAUGAAAGACGCGCCGAUCCACAUAUGACA